GGAGCUGGGAUGGUGUUACAGGUUAUCAGAAACUACAUUGACCCACAGAUUGGAGAUCUCUUCGUAAAACAUUGUUUAAACUCGUCUGCCUCCACUCAUGUAAAUGUAGAUGGAAUGCAGGAACACUGAGGUCCUUCUGCAACCCUUUCAUCACAGCGGAGAAGUGAAAGACAGUGCGAGAUAGCUGUGGUCAGCUCCCAGAGAUCACAUAAACCUGAGCACUUAAAAGAUGCUAUCUCUGCUUUGCUCGUCGCUCCUGGUUAUUGUAGCUCAACAGUCUCUGUGCCGGGCCCAGAACCAUGGCGGGCAGCUGUCCGCUCCGCGCGGCAGCAGAACCGUGUUGGAGAGGAAACAGUUCUGCCAGUGGCCCUGUAAGUGCCGGGCCAAGCCUCAGUGUGCCCCAGGGGUCAGCUCGGUGCUGGAUGGCUGUGGCUGCUGUAAGAGCUGUGCCCGGCAGAUUGGAGACACCUGCAACGAGCGGGACAUCUGUGACCCCCAUAAGGGCAUGUACUGUGACUUCUCCAAAGACCUGCCACGAUACGAGCAUGGAAUCUGUGCUUACUUGAUGGCGGUGGGCUGUGACCUGAACGGGGUCCGCUAUGAGAACGGCGAGGCCUUCCAGCCCAGCCCACUUUAUAAGUGCACGUGCAUCGCGGGAGCCAUCGGCUGCACCCCGGCCUUUAUCCAGAAGCCAGCCGCUCUCCUGGGUCCCGCCCCUCUCAGGAGCAAUGCGCCCCGGCCAGCUGGCCUCCAGAGCCGCCCCGGUGCCUCGAAGAAAGACCAGCAGGAAACAAUCUACAUGGCCGCCAUGCCAGCUUACAGGGAUCCCCCUUUAGCCUGGAAGAAGAACUGCCUGGUCCAGACCACUCCGUGGAGUCCGUGCUCUAAGACCUGCGGCCUGGGCAUCUCAGUCCGGGUCAACAACGACAAUGGCAAGUGCGAGAUGAGGAAACACCGCCGCCUCUGCCUGCUGCGGCCGUGUGAGAAGAGCGUCAUGAGAGACGUCAAGAUACCGAGGGGACAGACGUGCAAGCCUAAGUUCCAAGCCAAAAAGGCAGAGACGCUGACCCUGUCUGGGUGCACCAGCCUCAAGAGUUUCAAACCCAAUUACUGUGGCGUCUGCACUGACAAGCGCUGCUGCGUACCCAACAAAUCCAAAAUGGUGACGGUCGACUUCAGGUGCCAGGACGGCGCCAACGUGCGCUGGAACAUGCAGUGGAUCACGUCCUGCGUGUGCCAGAGGCAGUGCCACGCCCCCGGGGACAUGUUUGCAGAACUGCGCUUCCUCUAGCGCCGCCUGCAGCAUCGCAUCCAACCUCAGAGCCUCGACCCUGACCAGACUCUAACAAAGGCCUGGCCUAACCUACUGCCACUCGUGUCUCUGACCGAGCUGCGGGGGUUGGGUAGACAGGACUAAACCUUUCCCGACACGGCUCAGUUCUCCUGAACGGUGCCCAUGCUCUCGGGCUAGACGCUAGUGGGCUGAUAUGAAAAUACGACAAGUGGGAACUUCAGCUCAUGAAGUUUGCCCGCCAACAACUCGAGCUGGGUUAUUUGACUGACAGCUAACAAUUAGGGGUGUAUGUAUGUAAAGGGAUACAGAUGCGGGGGUACCUCUCAUGAUACAAUGCUACAGUGUUACUUUUUACACCACCUCAUUAACAGUCUGUCAGUCACUGAGGCCAGUAGGCUAACAGGGGAAAUACAGUCAAAAUGUCCUGGGUCAGUUAUCUAUCUCAUGAACCACUGAUCGUACCUCUUCUCAACAACUGUCCCAACUGAGCUAGCACCGUAAUACCUCGUACAAUAUUUUAUCCACACUGAUUUACUGCAGAUUCACAAUCAAUACAAUGAACUGUUAGUGUUGGAAUUCAGUAUGUUAUUGUUUCCCUGUAUUGUCGACACCAUUACUCAGUAAGUCAUUGUAAUUUAUUUUGACAGA